CACACCGUUUUCUGCAUUACACGUUGUGGUAUUGAUCAGAGUACACUCGAGGUUAUGCCUUCCUACAAGCUUACGUAUUUUAACGGACGUGGACGCGCUGAGUUGGCUCGCCUCUUGUUUGCGCAAGCUGGUGCGGCUUUUGAAGACGUUCGCAUCAAGCCUGCAGAUUGGCCGGCUCUGAAGCCAACAACUCCUUUGGGCUGCCUGCCAUUACUCGAGGUGGACGGUGCCAAGCUGUGCGAAUCCAAGGCAAUCGCUGCUUUCAUUGCCCUUCAAUUUGGUUUGCAUGGUGAUAGCAAUAUGGACAAGGCUAGCGUUCAAAUGAUCGUAUGUGUGGUACGUGAACUACAAGACAAAAUUUAUGACGCUCUCAUGUCAAAGGAUGAAGCCAAGAAGGCAGAACUGAUGAAGAAGCUCGUUGAAGAGACUAUCCCUAAAGUUAGUGGUCAGCUGGAAGCUCUGCUGAAGCAGAAUGGAACUGGCUGGUUUGUGGGCAAAAAGGUAACUCUGGCCGAUAUUGCUGUGUUCGAUGUGUUCGAUGAACUGACUGCAGUUAAACCCGAUGCCGUUUCUGCAGACAAGACACCUUUGUUGGUCGCUGUAGUGGCAAAAGUUAAAGCUCUGCCAAACGUGGCAAAAUGGCUGGAGGACCGACCAAAGACUGAAUUCUAGUUUACAUUUGCCACCAGAAUUGACAUAAACGGUUACUUGUCUUUACAGUGCAGUGAUUUGAUUUAAGGAUGUUUGUGUGAUCGUUGGUGCUAAUGAUGAACACACGAAACAACAGAAUGCAAAUCAUUCAGGGGUUGCUUUUGUGUUGUUCAGAUGGCAUUCAAGUUUGUGAAUUCUCAUACUUAGUUACAAAAUUCAUUUCCAUGGAAACCGAGUAACUACC